AUGCCUGCUACCAAGGACUGUCUGCUUGUGAAUUUAAAUGAAAGUGCUAACAUUACAGACUUAUACAAAAACAGGAUCACAUUACAGACGGAACUACUUACAAUGUCGUUCGGUAUCUGCAAUCCCGCCCCCAUCGGCCCAUCGCAGUUGCGCUACCAAAAAGAGCGCAACCCCAAAAAACGACCGAACGCAACGUCGCACUCACUAGAACGCGUACGAGCCACUCCAACCCCACACGCAAGUUAUGCCCCAUUUUCGUGA